AUGCCUUCAUUCAAAACAAUCAUCAUGGCAGAGAAAAAAGAGAUUACCGAUGAGUUGUCAAAGGAGGCGCAGGCGCAUGAGAUUAGGCUGAUGUCCUAUGAGGAUGUCCUUUACGCAGGAAUAGCGAAUCCCAAACCGAAGCAUCUGCCCAAGAAAGAAAAUGUCUAUAUCAUCUGGUAAGC